AUGGCCCUUGCUCAGGAGAACAAUCUGACUGUGGUCAUAAAUUUUUUUCUCUUAGGAUUUCAAGGGGGUGAACCUUUAAGACUGUUCCUAUUUUGUCUUCUCUUGGUGAUUUACUGUGGGACAAUAUAUGGGAAUCUCCUGAUCAUCACCCUGGUGUCCACCAGCAAGAACCUCCACACACCAAUGUACUUCUUCAUCUCACAACUGUCCAUCAGUGACAUCUUGUUAUCCACAAAUAUUGCCCCCAAGAUGCUCCACAUCCUACUGAAUAAUGGGGGGACAAUUUCUUUUGCUGACUGUAUUGCUCAGUUUUAUUUUUUUGGUGCUAUUGAAGCAUUUGAGUGUUUCCUCCUCUCUGUGAUGUCUUAUGACAGAUAUGUGGCCAUCUGUAAUCCUCUCCGUUACUCCUCUAUCAUGACAAGUGCCUCAUGUGUGAAGUUGACCGCUAUCAGCUGGUUCUUAGGCAUCUCCCUUGUAUUGGUUUACACUAUAACGACGUCAAUGCUAACGUUUUGUGAACCAUACGUUAUUAACCAUUUCUUCUGCGAUUAUGUUCCUCUUCUAGAGAAUGUUUGUUCAGACACCUCAAUGGUUCAGUUAGAGAUUUAUCUGCUAAGUAUUCCCUUAGUUAUCGCCCCGAGCAGUAUUAUCAUAGUGUCCUAUGGAAAUGUAAUUUCCACCAUUUUACGUAUUCCAACCAAUACUGGUAGACAGAAAGCCUUCUCCACCUGCAGCUCCCACCUCACGGUUGUCUCGAUAUUUUAUUGGACCAUAUUUAGUGUUUAUGUUUUCCCAACAAGAGGACAAACAUUGAUCAUCAGUAAGAUUCUGUCUUUGCUGUACACCAUGUUUACUCCAUUGAUCAACCCCAUGAUAUACAGCUUGAGGAACAAAGAUAUUAGGAAAGCCAUACAGGAAAUUAGUAAAAAACAAAAAAGUAGAACUGUCCGUAAAAUGAUAUAA